AAUUACUCGGUGAAACUUCCCGGAUCCUUUUGACGGACGGGCUGUCCGGUGCGACGCAAUUUGUAGUCCGUCAAGCCAGUGGCGUCAGGCGCUGCGGCGGUUUCGACUUGUUUCUCAGCAGAUAUCGUGAAUAUCCUCAAUGGACGGCACAGAGCAGAGAGAGACAGCACAGGCGGCUCCCUCGGUUAUCGAUCGAUACUACACACGAUGGUACAGAGCCGAUAUGAAGGGCAAACCGUGUGAAGACCACUGCGUCCUGCAGCACUCAAACAGAAUAUGUGUCAUCACUCUGGCAGAAACACACCCCAUCCUUCAGAGUGGGCGGACAGUCAAAUCCAUCAACUAUCAGAUCAGUAAUGGAUGCAGUCGUCUUAACAACAAAGUGUCUGGAAAGUCCAAGCGGGGAGGACAGUUCCUCACUGAUUUUGCUCCUCUUUGUAGGAUAACAUGCACAGAUGAGACUGAAUACACAAUCUACAGCUGUAUCCGCGGACGCCUUCUCGAAGUCAAUGAGGAUAUUCUUAAAAGACCCGCUCUCCUGCUGGAAAAGCCAUCCACUGAAGGGUACAUUGCUGUCAUCCUGCCAAAAUUUGAGGAGAGCAAAAGCAUAACAGAAAACCUGCUGAGCAGGGAGGAGUUUGAGGAGGUCGUCUCCAAGCGAGCUGCUGCCCAAACACAGCCCAGUUAGCAGAGCUCCAACCCGAGUUGGGACUACUGGGGAAGAAUGUUUUACUCACCAAGUUGGAUGAAGAGUGUAGAUCCUGAACUGGCAAGUGACUUUUACUUGUAGUUCCUGCUUAAUCAGCCUUGGAAACGAAGGAAGCAAUGCACUGCGCACCGGAUCUUGGACAUUGUGACUUUGAAAGAAGCAUAUAAGUUCAGAAAGAAGAGUUUUAUUUGUGCAUUUUUAUAGCUAAGGAACUGAAAGGAUAUUUCAGGAAGUGUUUUUUUCUGUUUCAAUUUGUGAAAAACAAGGACACGAGUAAACCCUUUGUAAAUUAUUCUCUCAAAAAAUUGAGUGAGGGGUAUUUUUGUUGAGUUUCAAUAAACACAAAAACAAGUGAUUUAAGAAAAA